AUGUCAGAUCAACACAUUGUAAAUCAUCAACAUGUAAUUCCACACAUAAUAACACAGCAAUGUAACCGUUGUUGUUGUCCAGACGCGUCGCGGGCGCUGCCUGACUUCCCAGAGUUGGAUCUGCAGGACAGACCUCUUCCUGAUGGGAUCGUUCCAGAACACAUCGCAGCCUUCCAACAGCUCUACAGGGAACACUGUGAGGCCAUUCUGGAUGUGAUGGUGAACCUGCAGUUCACUCUGGUGGAGACUCUGUGGAAAACCUUCUGGAGGUUCAGCGAGAGCAUCGACGCAGACACACUCAGCGUUCAUGGUGAGUCAGAGGAGCGUCUACCUAAGUGGUACCUGGUGGUGCUGUGUAAGUACCAGCCAGUUGUUCACUGGACCAGAGACUGUGACAACACACUGUACCAGACCCUGGUGGAGAUCCUCAUCCCCGACGUAUUACGACCCAUCCCCAGUGCCUUAACUCAAGCCAUCCGUAACUUUGCCAAGAGUCUAGAGAGCUGGCUGACAAGCGCCAUGAUGAACAUACCAGAGGAGAUGGUUCGCAUGAAGGUGAUGUGUGCGGGGGCGUUUGCCCAGACGCUGCGUCGCUACACCAGUCUAAACCACCUGGCCCAGGCAGCCAGGGCCGUCCUCCAGAACACCGCCCAGAUCAAUCAGAUGCUGAGUGACCUCAACAGAGUUGACUUCACUAACGUGCAGGAACAGGCGUCGUGGGUGUGUGGUUGUGAGGAUGCUGUGAUCCAGAGGUUGGAGCAGGACUUCAAGCAGACGUUACAACAACAUAACUCUCUGGAGCAGUGGGCUGCCUGGCUGGACGGCGUGGUCUCCCAGGUCCUAAAGCCCUACCCACACAGCCCUGCAGCCUUCCCUCAGGCUGCCAAGCUCUUCCUGCUGCGGUGGAGCUUCUACAGUUCUAUGGUGAUUAGAGACCUGACUCUGCGUAGUGCUGCCAGCUUCGGAUCCUUCCACCUGAUCAGACUGCUGUAUGAUGAGUACAUGUAUUACCUGAUAGAACACAGAGUGGCCCAGGCUAAAGGAGAGACACCCAUCGCUGUCAUGGGAGAGUUUGCCAGUGUGGGCAGGAGUCUGAACUGUCAGGACCCUGAUAAAGAUGAGGAAGAGGAUGAGGAGGAGAGUGAUGAAGAGGGGGUAGAGAUGACCGUGCCGUCUAACUCCGCUGGUCUGGGAGAGGGGGAGGAGUCCCUGGAGCCGCCCGUCAAGCUAGCCAGGACUGACCCCCGGGGACUGUUCAAUACCACACACACAGAGUGACUCACACACACCCAACACGCACGCACACUGACAACUGAAACACACGCUCUCGACUUAGCCGUUGGCUAACAUGACACACACACACACACACACCCUCAACAACACACUCAUCCUUUGCCUUAAUGAUAGUUUGCUAUGAGCCCAUUUGUGAUCCCAAUGCCAUUAAGUUCCUUAUCUGUUCCUGCAACCUCACACACCCUGUCUGUCUGCACCUUGAUCUCUCGUGUGUGUGUGUGUGUGUGUGUAAGCGAAGGAGAGGUUUCACAGUUUACCUUUUCAUCUUUUAGUUAUCAUGGUUUCUCAUUGUUCCUCAUCACCUUCAUUGUGACAUAAGAGAUGGUAACCUCUUCACUAGAUACACUGGUCCUUCAUUGUGACAUCAGAGACCGUAACCUCUUCACUAGACACAAGAGACGGUAACCUCUUCAUGAGACAUACUGGUCCUUCAUUGUGACAUAAGGGACGGUAACCUCUUCAUUGUGACAUAAGAGACAGUGACCUCUUCAUGAGACACACUGGUCCUUCAUUGUGACAUAAGGGACAGUGACCUCUUCACUAGACACACUGGUCCUUCAUUGUGACAUAAGAGACAGUGACCUCUUCACUAGACACACUGGUCCUUCAUUGUGACAUAAGAGACAGUGACCUCUUCACUAGACACACUGGUCCUUCUUUGUGACAUAAGAGACAGUGACCUCUUCACUAGACACACUGGUCCUUCAUUGUGACAUAAGAGACAGUGACCUCUUCACUAGACACACUGGUCCUUCUUUGUGACAUAAGAGACAGUGACCUCUUCACUAGACACACUGGUCCUUCAUUGUGACAUAAGGGACGGUAACCUCUUCAUUGUGACAUAAGAGACAGUGACCUCUUCACUAGACACACUGGUCCUUCAUUGUGACAUCAGAGACCGUAACCUCUUCACUAGACACAAGAGACGGUAACCUCUUCAUGAGACAUACUGGUCCUUCAUUGUGACAUAAGGGACGGUAACCUCUUCAUUGUGACAUAAGAGACAGUGACCUCUUCAUGAGACACACUGGUCCUUCAUUGUGACAUAAGAGACAGUGACCUCUUCACUAGACACAAGAGACGGUAAGCUCUUCAUGAGACAUACUGGUCCUUCAUUGUGACAUAAGGGACGGUAACCUCUUCACUAGACACACUGGUCCUUCAUUGUGACAUAAGAGACAGUGACCUCUUCACUAGACACACUGGUCCUUCAUUGUGACAUAAGAGACAGUGACCUCUUCACUAGACACACUGGUCCUUCAUUGUGACAUAAGAGACAGUGACCUCUUCACUAGACACACUGGUCCUUCAUUGUGACAUAAGGGACGGUAACCUCUUCAUUGUGACAUAAGAGACAGUGACCUCUUCACUAGACACACUGGUCCUUCAUUGUGACAU